AUAUUGUAAUGCAGUCUUUCCGGAAAAUUUGGAAUAAACCUCGUCCAGACGAUUGGAUGCCACUUGCACGAUUCUACUAUGCUGAUUCAGCGUUGAAUGAUAUUGCAAGCGAACUCGACUCGUUUGACGGCAGACGUGAUCCCGAUAGAUGCAAUGCACUGGUCACUAGGCUCCGGGUGGCUCAAGAUCGAGUUUUACAUAUCAUUACUGAAAUGCUGAUACAUUUGUACCCACGGGAGCAAGAUCGAGCAUGUCGAGACUUUCGCGUCAAGUUUCCCGAUGAGAUUCUGCACGACACAUUGCCAGGACAACUGUGGUUUGGCGCCGAGUGUCUUUCCGCUGGUUCCAACAUUAUUGACCAUGAGACAGAGUCUGAUUUAAUUCGACCGUUGGCAAAGGAUGUCACAAAACAAUUGGAUUUUUUGAGAGACUUACUCAAAAAUCAAUCACUACGCGACCCAUCUGCCUACAACCCAGUGAUAAAAGAAAAUUUGCUGAAGUUUGAUAAACUAUUCGCAGAGUUUGAGUACCAGUACGUGUCAGCAAUGGUUCCUGUGAAAUCGGUGAAAGAACAUGAUUCGCAACUUGAUGUGGCUGUUCUCUUCUCAGAAGUGCUAUCUUUAGCGUUGGUCAAGGAUCUUAUCACUCAGGAUCUUAUCGACUAUUGCGACCCAUCAGUAAUGAUUGCGAUUCCAAGACUUGGAAUUGUAUGGGGUCUCCUAGUUUAUUCAAAUGGCGCGCUCAACGUUGACGUUCCCGCAGAGAAUUUGUCCGAAAUGUUCAGACCAUUCUACUCGCUUCUUGUGAAAAUCCGCAAUUUGUUGAGAAUUUUGACACCAACAGAGCUGACAAAACUGGAAACCGUUCUUUGUAAAGGAGAGUCAGCUGUUCCGGAGGACACGUCCAGCACGCUCACCAUGAGCGAUUUUCGAACAAAUGCUACCGAUGAGGAGAAGGCAAAGAACAACCAAAGAGUAUGGAUGUGCGAUAUGCCAUCUGAUAGUACGAGUUCUUUGGAUUCUUCAGUGCAAGACAGUUCUAGUGAGACUACCUCCCUGGCCUCAUCCGCACUGGCAAGCCCACAUUCUGGAAGUGAAGAAAAUGUAAGCCAAAUUGAGAAUGAAGAAGGAGACGAUGAAGCGAUCGGAACAAACUCGAACUCGUCGAAUGAAGUCACCGAAUCUCCUGAAACCAUCGAAGAACCUGACAAUGUUGACAUGGAAGAAUCGUCGGAAAGCGAAGUAGACACUCAUAUCGAUGAGACUAGAAACGAAAGUGAUGAUGAAAUUACCGAUGACGUGCAGGCUUCUGAUGUUCUACAAGUAGAAACAAAAAAGUGUAAAUCGUCAAGAUUAUUAGAACAGAAGAAAUUUGAUAAAAGCGUGAAAACGAUCAUUCCGAUGCAAACCGAUCCCAGAUCUCAAAUUGAUCCGAAAAACUUGCGCUCACGCUUCCGUUCAUCCGAAGAUCUUGUUCAUCGACUAUUUGUGUGCAUCGCCGGUGUUGCCGAUCAGCUUCAGACCAACUAUUCGAGCGAAAUUCGAAAAGUGUUGAAGCUGAUUCUUCAGCCAUCAGAAAUCAUUCCGGUCUACGAGGUGGUCAACGCGCAAGUGGCGAAUUCUCAGACUGAAGGAGAAGAAACUGGCGUUGAGGCCCAGGAAACGCUACCACUUCCCGCAUUCAUGGGUGUCCGUUGGGUUCCGGAUGAAGACUGCGAGCAGUGCACCGCCUGCUCAAUGCCAUUCAACUUUGUUAGGCGACGACACCACUGUCGAAACUGUGGACGCAUUUUUUGCCACAAGUGCUCGUGCAACACGAUCAGCAUUCCAGAACACGGAUAUGAUAGAAAGGUUCGUGUCUGCAACUUGUGCUACGUACACCGGUUAAACUCGUUUGGAUGCAACGAGCCCAUGAGCCAGGUCAAUGAAAACGGAGCUACAGUGCCAUCUGUGACUGAGCAGCAGUCGGCUCAAACUGCGUCAGCCUCCUCAUAACCAUAACCUCUCUUUUUUUAAAAUUUUAAACUUAACUAACUUAUCUCAUUGUAUACUAUUGCUUCAUUGAUUCUUGUUUAGUAUUUUCUAGAAAUUAUUUGGUUUUGAAUUUAAUUUUUUUUUCAAGUAUGUUUUUUUCCUUUCAAUCAAUUCAAAUUGAAACAAUUUCCCGGUCAAAAGUUUUCAGCCCGUUGUGUCUUCCCCCCAAUCCAACCUCUCACUUUUAACACGUCAAGACCAAUUUUCUUGUAAUUUGCUCCAUCAAUCCCACCACAUUCAUCAUCUAUUCAACCGGUCGCUCGUUCCUCACACAUACCCUUAAUCCCAUCAACCAUCUUUGUUUUAUAAUAUACAAUAGCCUUGAAUUAUAUUCUGUCCUUAUGUAUUUUUAAAUUUAUCUUCAAGUGACUAGUCUGUGAUAGAAAAUAACAAGUUCACACGCUUAUUUCACUCAAAAGUGCUCACACCUAUGUUAAUUCUUGAGCAUAUUGCCGGUCCUUUGUUUUAUGAACUUUACGUCAUUAGUCUUUGGUCAAUCGUUAUUGAGUGAUUUGACUAUGUUUACAGAAAACGGUUUUAUUGUGAAUCAUUUUGAAUAAACUAUUGUGUUUGAUAAAUGAUUAAGAAUUGAAU